AUGACUCACACAUUACUGCCGUUUAAUUGGACAAGGACAAACAAAUUUAUUCCGAACACAGAGCUCUGCUCAGUGAACCAGGAAUCCGGAGGCAAGACUUCGCAUUCCGGACGGCCCCAAAUCGUGACAAACGCAUCCCGGGCAAAAUCAAUAACGACCUUGGACGAAUUAAAAAGCAGAUUCCCAUCGGAGGGCCUAUCCACCGUCUCCAACAAGUGGUGGGGAAGCGGCUUUCCCGAUGGCUACAACGAGAGAAGUGAAAAUAAGGAGAAGAAUGCGGAUCCCACUACCCAAGGUACAGGUCUGUUGAUGGAUGUCAGAAAAAGGGCUGCAGAAGAAGGCAGAGAAAGUCUCAAGCUUGGCGUCGUCAGGGGCUUUUCUGCAAAGAAACUUGGCAAGAGAGAAAAGGCUUUGCUUCUCAGAAUGUUCAAGUCGUCUGUGCCACAAGACUGGAUUAGUUCGGCAGCAGAGGAAAGUCCAGCAACGGCGUGGUGGAUCGGAAGGCGGCGGCGGCGUCCUCGACGGAAGCGGUGCUGGGUCUGGACGAGAGAGAGGUUGGGUCUGGACGAGAGAGAGAGAUGGGUGAGAUUGGUGGGUGAGAGAUAUGGUAGGGCAAAUUGUUUCCCGUAAAUAUUAUGGGAAAAUAAAUAACACCUUAUUAGGUGGGUGGGUUUAGAAUUAUCUUAAAAUGUGAUAAUGUGAAUUUCGUGGGUUUCACUUUUUUAGGUUUUAAAAAAGUUUAAUAAUUGUACUAAACAUGAAAAUCUUUUAGAUUUUCAUUCCCACCUUUAAGAUUAUCCCAUACCAAACGCCCUUUCAUAGAUCAUGAACUCUUGAGCUAAUAUCUAAGCAACGAAAUUCAGAAAAAAUUCUCUCUCAAG